CUCAAACACUUGUUUUUCAAUUUUUCCCCUUCUCUCUAUUGCAUUCUAUUUGCUAUUCAAAGGACUAUAUCAUGCCAUGCUUUUGAUGCAUUACUAUGUUGACUAAUUCCAACCAACCACUCACUCCUUCUCUCUCUUUUCAAUCUUGUACUCUAUAGCACUCUUGGUAAGGACACAUUGUGCUAUUCGUUUUUCUUCACUUGGUGUUGAUGUUGGUGUUGGUGUUGCUGUUGGUGCCUUCCCUGGUUGCUUCUAUUCUACAAGAGCCUUUUCAACUAUACCCUAACCCUCUCUCUAUUUCUUUGUCUCUGAGGAUUACUUGCAUGAAACUAUUACUUCGGAACUGCAGCUUUUCCAGUUGUGAAUGCUUUUCUCUGCUUCCUAUCAUUCAACUAACAUCAAUGAUGUGUUCACGGAUGAGAACACCACAUCUAUAAAUUGAAGUUCUUGCAGAGUUAUACGCAAAUAAAUGAGGUUGUGAGGGCAUUGUUAUAUGAAAGUUGAGAAUUUCAGUUUUUCAAGUAGAGGUUUUUCUUGACCAUUGGGAAUAGAUCACAAUAAGUAGAUAUGAAGUUCAUGAAACUUGGUACAAGGCCUGAUACUUUCUACACUGAACAAGCUACCAGGAGUCUGGUUUCAGAUGCACAAGCUGACCUUGUGAUAAAAAUCAAUGAUACUACAUAUGUGCUACAUAAGUCUUCGCUUCUUCCAAAAUGUGGCCUUCUACAAAGACUUUGCUCAGAUUCUAGUGAUUCUGAGAAUGUUCCUCUAGAGCUUCAUGACAUGCCUGGAGGUGCAGAUGCUUUUGAACUCUGUGCUAAGUUCUGCUAUGGAGUUUCAAUCAACAUCAGUGCUCAUAACUUUGUACCUGCACUCUGCGCCGCUAAGCUCCUACAAAUGAAUGAGUCCAUAGAGAAGGGAAACUUUGUAGGCAAACUUGAAGCUUUCUUCAGUUCAUGCAUUCUUGAAGGAUGGAAGGACUCUAUUGCAGCACUGCAGGCCACUGACAAGUUACCUGAGUGGUCUGAGAAUCUUGGCAUAACAAGAAAAUGCAUUGAUUCAAUUAUUGAGAAAAUUCUUACACCCCCACCGCAGGUCAAAUGGUCCUACACCUACACAAGGCCUGGUUAUACCAGAAAGCAGCAUCAUUCAGUCCCAAAGGAUUGGUGGACUGAGGAUGUGUCUGAUCUUAACAUAGAUCUUUUCAGAUGCAUAAUAAUGGCUAUUAGAUCAACAUAUGUGCUCCCACCACAGCUUAUUGGUGAAGCUUUGCAUGUCUAUGCUUGUAAGUGGCUACCUGGCAUCACAAAGCUUAAAAACUCACUUGGUUCUGCAGCAAUAACAGAAGAAUCCAAAGCCAUUAACCGAAAAAUUCUGGAGACAAUUGUGAGCAUGAUUCCUGCAGAUAGAGGGUCAGUUUCAGCUGGCUUCUUGUUAAGGCUCCUCAGCAUUUCAGGCCCUCUUGGAGUUUCCCCAGUGACAAAAACAGAACUGGUGAAGAGAGCCAGUAUACAGUUUGAGGAGGCAACAGUGAGUGACCUGCUUUAUCCUUCAACAUCCUCUUUGGACCAAAAUUUUUAUGACACCGAGUUAGUUCUAGCAGUGCUGGAAAGUUUCUUGAAGUUUUGGAAAAGACUCUACCCUGGUGCUGUGGAUAACAGACACUUAUUAAAAUCAAUCAGAAAUGUUGGUAAGCUCAUUGAUUCCUAUCUUCAAGUGGUGGCAAGGGAUGAUAACAUGCCAGUGUCAAAGUUUGUCUCUCUGGCUGAAACUGUGCCAGCUAUUGGCCGUUUAGACCAUGAUGAUCUUUACCAGGCUAUCAACAUCUAUCUAAAGGUGCAUCCUGACCUGAGCAAGGCCGAGAAAAAGCGUUUGUGUGGGAUUCUGGAGUGCCAAAGACUGACUCCAGAAGUGCGUGCACAUGCUGUUAAAAAUGAAUCUCUGCCAUUAAGAACUGUGGUGCAGCUCCUCUACUUUGAACAAGAAAAAGAUUCUAUGGAAACCACUAGUUCCAAGCUGCAAAAACCACAUGAUCUACUUCUAGGAGCAAAAAAGAGACCAGUCACUAGAGAUAGUCAUGGCAAACGGUCUUUGAUAAACAAAGAAGAAGUCACAAGAAGAAUCUCUCAUGCUGAAGAUAGAGAAAAGGGUCAACACAAAGCUAAACAAUCAGAUGCUAAGUUAGCAUUGGACUUGGAAAGAAAGAUGGUUAUAAGAGAAGACAGCGAAGAGAUAGGGUCAGAAAAGUUAAGGGUAGCCAAAGAAGAGAGAAUGUCAAGCAGCAAGUUGGACUUAGAUUCUAAGAAUAACAUUCAAAGGGCAAGAAGCAAGAAAUCAGAACAUGGCCGUCAAAAGGGAAGAUAGAGAUAAUAGUAAUUGCAAUCUUUGAAAUUGAAACAUUCAGAGCAAUCCUCAUUUCCCUACAUAUGAACUUAGUAGCCUCUAUUCUUAUCAUUUCUUUUUUUACAAGUGUCAUAAAUGUAAGCAAGGUAUUGUCCUUUCUACUUUCUGUCACUGUUAAAGAGUUGUAUUUAUCAAAGAGGUCAUUGCAACAAAUGCAGUUGACUUCUCUCAGAUUAAUACUGUUUUCAUUA